AUGUCCAGAACACCAGUCACGACCGAAAAUGCCCCAAAGGCUCUCCCGGGCAUCUACAGUCAAGCCAUCGUCGCCAACGGCUUCGUCUACUGUUCCGGCUGUGUCCCUAUGGACCCUAAGACGAUGCAACUGAUUGACGGCGAUAUUCAAGCGCAUACUCACCAAUGCAUCAAGAACCUAGGUGCCGUUCUUGAAGCCGCCGGAUCAAGUCUCGAACAUGUCGUCGAGGUCAACGUCUUCCUGGCCAACAUGGAUGACUUUGCCAAGAUGAACGAAGUGUAUACUACCUACUGGGGCGAUGUCAAGCCUGCUAGAACGUGUGUCGCCGUCAAGACGCUUCCUCUCAAUACGGAUGUUGAGAUCAAAUGUGUCGGUGUCGUGAAGAAGUGA